AUGGCGUCUUACCAGGAUGGGGAGAGUUCAGAUAGCAAUAGGGAGAAUUUGCUAUACCAGUCAGAUGAAACGGACCGGACGCUGGGCAGAGGAAGUGGAUGGUACAACAUACCAACAGUCUACGCCUUCCUCCCCACCUUCUUCCUCAGCGCCUUCGCGGCCGGCGCCGUCAUCGCGCCAAUGCUAAACUUGAUCCUGUCGCUCUACUGCCGCGCGUACUACGCCGAGCACGACUCGUCGCUGGCAGAGGACGCGGACCGCAACUGUCAGGUGCCCGAGGUUCACGCGGUGGUUUCGCGCGCGGUGAUGAUCCUCGGGCUGAUUCAGAGCUUGAUUGGCGCGCUCGUUAGUCCUAAGCUUGGGGCUUGGUCGGAUAGGAUUGGGCGGAAGAGGGUGCUUUUGAUUCCAAUCUGUGGAGAGACGCUUGCGCACUUGGUCAAUCUUAUGAUUGCUAGAUCGUCGUAUAUUCACGUCUACAGAUUUCUAUUCAUCGCGAACGUCAUGAGCGGCCUGUCAGGCUCUCUCCCCUGCGUCAUGCUUAUCGGUCAAGCCUACGUCGCGGACUGCACCUCCUCCGCCAAGCGCGCGAGCGGCUUCGGUCUCCUGCGCGCGCUUUUCUUCGCCGGCAUCUCGAUCGGCCCGAUCGCAGGUGGUCUCGUGAUCAACCACAUGGGCUCGCUGGUCUCGGUCUUUUACUUUUCGGUCUCGAUGCAGAUCAUAAACGCGCUUUACGUCGCGUUCGUGCUGCCCGAGUCGCUGUCGGACGAGAACCGGACGCAUGCGACCGAGCUCCGUCGCGCGGAUUCGGAGGUAGAUCUGAUGAGGCCGCGGAAUGUCAAGUACUAUCUCCGCCGGAUGAACUUUUUGACUCCGCUGCGUGCGCUGUGGCCGAACGAUGGGACACGGUACAUCAUCAAGAAAAACAUCAUCUUGCUCUCCGUCAUCGACACGUUCUUCCACGGCGUCGAGAUCGGAGUUCUGAUGAACGUACUGCUGUAUGCCGAGCUAACCUUUGGCUGGACCAGCGUCGCCACGGGAAUUUUCAUCUCGUUCAGUUCGUUCAUCCGCGCGUUCUCGCUGGUCGUGGUGUUGCCGCUCAUGGUGCACUAUCAUCAGAAAUGGAAGCCUCAUAUCCUGCACGAGGUCGGCGCGUCGAAAGGCGACGUGUUUUUAAUCCGCAUCUCGUUUCUGUUUUGUAUUGUUUCGUACGUCGUCAUGGCUCUUGCUCGCAACACGACCGAGUUUUUAAUCGGCGGUCUCCUCGGCGCCGCGGGCUCGAUCGGUUCUCCGACCGCGGCCUCUGCGAUAACGAAGCACGUUCCCAAGCAAAACACAGGCGCGAUCCUCGGCGCGCUUUCGCUCUUGCAGAGUAUCGCGACCGUCAUCGGACCGCUUGUGUUUUCCAACAUUUACGCGUCGACGGUGACGUAUGCGCCCAAGACGAUCUUCUACGUCGUCAUUGGGUUGUUUGGUGGUUCCCUUGGCUGUUCGAUGUUUUUGAAAGAGCAUGCGAGUGGCGGGUUGUAUGAUAGUGGGGAUGGGCUCGAUGAUGAGCAGGCGGGUGAGGAUGCGGUGGACGAUGAGGGGAGGAUCAGGUUGUGA